GGAUGCAAAAACGAAAUUUCUUUCGUCGAAAAUGAGGCGGGCCCGAAAGAAACCCUCCAAGAUAUCUUCCACUUUCUCGACUCCGUGUCUUUCUUUGAAUAUCAGAAAAAAUCUCUGGCGGUUCGUGUUUCGAACGAGAUCGCAAAGGAAGGAUCCGAUUGCUUUGGAACGUGAUUGAGAGAAGAGAAGUAAAGGAGAGAAAUGACUAGUUCUGUGUGUUUCGGGCCUGUGAUUAUGGCGAAAUCGAUUGACGGCAGAGGAUUUUCUUCUACGAGAAUCAUACUAAUCGGCUCAGAGUUUGCUGCGAAUCGUGUUUUGUUCACCGAUUCGAGGCUACUGAGCUCUAGGAUUUGUGGCGCGCGAGCUUCUAUGGUGAAUUCUUAUGGAAGCUCGGAUUUCGUCAAGAGGAUGGAACAAGCAUGGGAGAUCUCUCAGCAACCAACGCCUAUUUGCUGCUCUUCUUGCCACUCAAAUGGACAUGUGGAGUGCCAAUGGUGUAAGGGAACAGGCUUCUUUAUUCUCGGAGAUAAUAUGCUUUGUCAAGUUCCUUCCAGAAACACUAGCUGUGUUAUUUGCGCCGGCAAGGUAUUCAUGAAACUA